AUGGCGCUCAGCUCCCGGGCUCACGCCUUCUCGGUGGAAGCCCUGGUGGGACGCUCGGCCAAGAGGAAGGUGCCGGAGGGUCGCGAUGAGGAGCCCGGCCCCGGCUGCCGGCCGGCCCGCAGAGCGCCGGAGGCGGAGAAGCGGCCCAAGGCCGGUGCCGAGAGCCGGGCGGGCGGGGUGCAGGUGGAGCUGCAGGGCUCCGAGCUCUGGAGGAGGUUCCACGACAUCGGCACCGAGAUGAUCAUCACCAAGGCCGGCAGGAGGAUGUUCCCGUCGGUCCGGGUGAAGGUGAAGGGGCUGGAGCCGCUGCAGCAAUAUUACAUCGCCAUCGACGUCGUGCCCGUGGACUCCAAGCGAUACAGGUACGUCUAUCACAGCUCGCAGUGGAUGGUGGCGGGGAACACGGACCACUCGUGCAUCACCCCGCGCCUCUACAUCCACCCCGACUCGCCCUGCUCGGGGGAGACCUGGAUGAGGCAGAUCAUCAGCUUCGACCGCGUGAAGCUCACCAACAACGAGAUGGACGACAAGGGGCACAUCAUCCUGCAGUCCAUGCACAAGUACAAGCCCCGCGUCCACGUUAUCGCCCAGGAUUCUCGCUUCGAUCUAGCGCAGAUCCAGUCGCUGCCGGCCGAGGGGGUGCAGACCUUCUCCUUCCAGGAGACCGAAUUCACCACCGUCACGGCCUACCAGAACCAGCAGAUCACGAAGCUGAAGAUCGACAGGAAUCCCUUCGCCAAAGGCUUUCGGGACCCCGGCAGGAACAGGGGGGUCCUGGACGGGCUCCUGGAGACCUACCCGUGGAGAGCCCCCCUCGCCCUGGACUUCAAGGCUUUCGGCGCAGACAGCCAGGGUGGGAGCUCCAGCUCUUCUCCCGUGGCCUCCAGCGGUGGGACCCCCUCUCCUCUGAACCCCCUGCUCUCUCCAUCGUGCUCCCCUCCCACGCUUCACUUGCCCGCGAGCAGCCUGGGCUUGUCGUGUCCCGAGAGCUUCCUGCACCCCCUCAACGUGCCCCUCUACUACAAGAUCUGCCCCACGAGCUUCUUGAGACAACAGGCGCUCCUCCUUCCGAGCCACGAAAAACUGGGAGCCACCAACCCUCACCUUUUACCCCACUUCAUGGUGGAUGUGCCCAAACUGUCUUCCCUGAAAAACGCCAAAGCUGAAGACUUAAACGCUCAGUGCCUACAAGCCCCCGGUCCUGCUGGUCAAAUGCUGUAUGGAUUACAUGCAUCUGGAAACAUUUUCCCAUCAAGUCCCAUUGCUCGGGAAGCACUUAAUUGUUCUUUACAUCCUCCAUAUGGCUUGUAUGGUUAUAACUUCUCUGUGCCAUCCAGACUGAUGAAUGCAGCAGGGCAUUUCAAAGUGAGUGACAGCAUUCCGGCUGCUUUGAGGGACGGCAGAUGCAAUCACUCCAACUGGCACCCCACAAUUAACCACUGCCUUUAGUGGGAUCAGAGAAUAUUUCUGAGCUGUGUAAAGCAAGUCCUUCCUUCUUUCAUAGCCAGGGGCUCAUUAGUUAUUGACUCUGAAACGCUGCAUGGUACAGGAGCAGGAUGGGCAGGCAUUUAAUCCUUUUGUUUUGUGGAUGGAGUGUUGUGUUGUUGGGUGGGUGGAGGGUUUGAGAUGACCCUGAGGUGAUACCUUUUGGCCACAUUUAUGUCACAGUUGUAGGUUAAGAGCAAACUGUCAGUCACCUUUUUACUAUUUGCACUCUCAAGUGGGGACAUUGAUGUCUGUAUUUCUACAGCUCUGUUUUCUCUCUCUUGCUUGCCUUUAGUUAGCUCAGAGCCCUGGGGAGCUGCUGCUCACCCACUCAAGUUUUAUCCCUAAUUUCAAAGGGACUCUCCAGGACCUGGACUUGGCAAAGGAGCCACAUCUGGCCAAGCACUUGAGCUUGUUCUUAAGUUCUCUUGGCUCUAAUGGGUCCUAAUUAAUGACAUAAAAGUCCCUCAUUCUCCAAGACCCCGAUGCCUCCGUUAUCAGGGUGGGGACAUAAAUCCAGUACCUUAAAUCCAAGUAUCUGCUGCCAGGCUAAAGAAAGGCAGGAUGAAAGAUGGAUGGGAUGAGAAGCUGCAGGAGUGGCCCAGAGCCCUCUUUUCCAUGCCCUACCCUCCGGUGGCACCAGCAUCGAUGGCGUGGUGGGAAGGACAGGAUGGGGUCACACAUCUCUCCCAUAUUGAGAUGGAUCCAUGCUGGGGACAUGGAGGAUACAUCUCAGAGAGUUGUGUGGGAUGAAACACCCCCAGGAGCCCUGCAGGACAAUCCUGUGACCCAGAGCUCUCAGCCCCAAGGGACACAGAAGAUCCACGUGGGAUCUCAUCCAGCCUUGCCCAAAGGAAGGGGCAGGGAUGUUCCUGGCUCAGUCCCACAGAGACCACAGAUCCUUUAUGGAGAAUUACAACUCUACAGGCCCUGGAACAUGAGAUUUUCCAUUCCUUCCAAAAUUCCUGUUUGUUUUCUUGUAACCUGUGGAUAUUCUUGUUAUUCCUGUAAAUAAUGUCCAGCUCCCAAGGGUGCCA